AUGGCAGACACCAAGAACAAGUACUCUGUGAUCCUUCCCACCUACAAUGAGCGCAGGAAUCUCCCUAUCAUUACCUGGCUGAUCCAGAGAACUUUCAACGAGAACAAUCUCGACUGGGAGAUCAUUGUAGUCGACGAUGGCUCCCCCGAUGGAACUCUCGAGAUCGCCAAACAACUCCAGAAGCUCUACGGCGAGGAACACAUUAUUCUAAAGCCUCGCGCGGGUAAGCUUGGCCUCGGAACCGCCUAUGUGCAUGGUCUGCAGUUCGCGUCUGGCAACUUCGUCAUCAUUAUGGAUGCCGAUUUCAGUCACCACCCCAAGUUUAUCCCGGAAAUGAUCAAGAUCCAGAAGGAAACCAACGCCGAUAUCGUCACCGGGACGCGAUAUGCCAGUCGAGGACCUCUGCGGGGAGGCGUGUACGGUUGGGACCUGUUCCGUAAAUUCACCUCGCGUACGGCGAACUUGAUCGCGGAUGUGAUGUUGAUGCCCGGUGUCAGCGAUCUCACGGGCAGUUUCCGUCUGUACAAGAAGCAGGUGCUGGAAAAGGUUAUCACCAGCACUGAGAGUAAGGGAUACUCUUUCCAGAUGGAGAUGAUGGUCCGCGCAAAGGCCAUGGGUUACAAGGUGGAAGAGUGCCCGAUUACCUUCGUCGACCGACUUUACGGAGAGAGCAAGUUGGGAGGAGACGAGAUUGCCGAAUACCUGAAAGGCGUGUUUACCCUGUGGCUGAAGGUCUAA